AUGGCUAUUCGUUUGAAUGAAAAUAUGCGGAAAUUUGCGAUAUUUUUUCUGCUGUUAAAGGCAAGUUCUAGUGUCGUUUUAGAAUUUACUGAAAUAACGGCACCAAUGUCUUGGGAUGAUGCAUUUCUUACGAGAAAGUGUCGUAUACAGAGUGACGUUGCUGGUGACGUAAACCCGGAAAAUGUGAAAUUCAAUCAACCCAUCGAUAACGUCACAGAGGCCUGGGUAGGACUGUUCGCUACGUCAUCAAAUGCGCUCACAUUUGAAAGUUGUCGACUGUAUGCAAAAGAAAACCUGGUUGGCCCGACAGAAAAGCUUAAAUUUGACAAUCAAACUGAUCUCAUUGGGUCGUGCUACCGAUUUUGCAAUUUCACAAGAUUUGGUCUGUCAAAUGAUACGUGUUUCUGUCUCGAAGAUGAUGUAGAUACCUUCCAUCCGGCUAUUUUAUUUGAUCCUAGUUCUGUGUGUCUGUCCGGCUAUAGAGCAUUAUGUGGUUUUGGGCUCAUCAACGUUCAGAAUAUCGCCGUCUUAGUACUGUGUACCUAUAGGCCGGUAGCUGUCAAUCCAAUCGGCACCGGGGACUGUUCUUCAUACGAUAUAGUGAGUCGUCAAACCAAAAUGGUGGACUGUUCUCUUAAAAAAAGUUAUGUCUGUUAUGAAGCGACGGAAAAUGGACAAACCAUGGUGCCCAGCAACGAUGAACGAGGAUGGUGGGAAGCUGCUGCAGAAUGUACACAACAAACAUCAUUUUUCGGAAGCAAGACAUUUGUCACCCGUCAUAUCGAGGCUUCCGGAACAACCGUGGACUCUUACUGGACAAACAUGUUCCGAAGAACAUCAUAUACGUCCUUGUCGCCAGCUUCGGGAGAAACAGAUCCCGGGCGAUGUGUUGCCAUUCGGAAUAACUCGGGGAUCUUUAGAUUAAUUGUGAAGGCGUGCAAUUUCUCAUUACCAGCCCUUUGUAACGCAUUUGUUACAACGGGUUCAAACGUUAUAACUAAUACAGUGUUUCAGGAAACAGAACCAGUUCUUUGGCCUCUCGCUUUCGUGGCGCUCGGAAUGAUUAUCAUCAUGGUAGUUUCCGUGAUACUAUGGCGCAAGAAUAAAGCGUCGAUGAGAAAAAUGAGAACUUCUAAACUGAUUAAACAUAUGAGUUAUGGUUCAAGAAAACCUGAAAGUAAUCAUGGAUUUAAGAUAGGUAACGUUUUGUCUUAUGAGACGAGCUUCAUAGAAUCGGAACCCAAUCGUGUCAAAACUACAAGAGAGACCCCGUCAGUCUCACCAAACAAUGAAACAACGGGGGAACAAGAAGAGAACACAACAGCACCACCACCAGAUAACAUUUAUAACGAACUCCACGAGAAGGAAACGGACAAACAGACAGAUGAUACAUACGAUCACACGCGCAACAUAAACUUGAAUGACGGCACAUACGAUGGCUUCCGCCGUUCGGAUUCUCUCGGGAAUGAUACAGAGGCUGAUAACCUGGAAUACGAUACUAUGGCUAAUAUUAAUGCGCAGAGCACUGAAGGAAAUAGUAUUUAUGACACGUGCAGUAAUGAUCACAUAGCGAAACCGGAAGUGACUGACUUAAAUGAAUAUGAUUCUAUGUCCAAUAUACAUGAUGCAAAACUCGAAUGA